AUGAUUAUUGAAAAAUUAAGAAAUCCAUAUAAUACAUACAUUCAAGUCAAAGAUAACCCUAAGCUAUUAUUCAAGAUCUCAUUCUACUCUUUUGCUCUACUCCUUUUAUCACAGCUACCAGCAUUUGCUUGUGUUUGUUUGAUCAUUAGUUAUUUAACUGGAAAAAAGUUCUUUGAGAUUUACUUUCAUAAACACUUAAAGGAAGGAAUUAUGGAGAUGUUCCCUCAAGGCCUUAGAGAUGCUUUGAUGAAGAGAUCCAUUUUUGAUCUUCUUUGUGAUAUCUGGUUUAUGCCCAAAUUCUCAUUGUAUAUCAAAGCAUUCCUAAAGCCAUUUGUAGCCAACAUCGAUCCUGAAAAUGCUGAACAAGCCCUCAAUGGACUACCAUUAGAAGACAGAUAAAUCAUCACCAAAAAAGGAAUAAUUAAUACACUACCUAUGUUACUACAAACAACAGUAGACACCACAUAACAAUAAAUUAAUGACAGUGAAGCUCCUUUGACUCCUCAUACUCCCUCAAAAAAUAAAUAAAAAAAAACUAGAUAUGAUAGAAAAUAAUAUAAUAGGACAAAAUCUAAACGAGUAUUCAAAGAAGAUAAAAUUGUUUCCACCUUUAAGAUGCCUUGGACCAUUGUAAAGACGUAUGAAGAGGACAGAGCUUCUAUUAUGUCUUCAUAAUCAGAUAUUGACUUUUCAAAUAAAUAAAACUUUUCCAUUGUAGAAGAAAUGAAGCCUUUACCUACCCUUUAGGAAAAUAUUGGUUUCAAAAAUAUUGAGCUUGUUCUUAAACCAUAAACCAGUUAAGAAUAGAUCAAAUGGGAUAACCUUGAUAAUUUCUACAACUAAGUCAAAGACACCGUCCCAGGAAGUCAUAAAAGACCAUUAGAAACGAUAUUAAAAAUUACAAAUCUUAUUAAUAAUAUAGUUCAUUUUGAGAAAAGAAGCAAACAAAUUUUGGCUAUCAAUAAUAAUGCGUUAAUUAAGGCCUUUAUAAUUUCUGCAGCUGCUUUGGCAUUUUAAUCUUACAUAUCCACUAGGACAAGAAGAUUGAUGAUGCAAACUAUAAUGAUUAUUUGUUAUUUGGGAAGUGCAGGAAUAGCUACAGGAACACUAGGUCUUUGCCUUAUCAAAGUUGUUAAUCAAAGCAAAAAAAAAAGAAAUUGA